GUCAGUCGAAAACGCGUACGUGGUAUGUCGGUGCUGGUAUUACCCAAGCGGAUGUCCGUCGUCGUAUUCGCGGAGGUUCGCUCGGAUCCUCGGCCCAUGCGUCAAUUGGAGAGCCCAAGAGGUCGUGGCGUCGCUCGCGGCAGUCGCUCGCGGCCCGUCGCCCGCAUCGUGUCUAUAAAUUUUGCGGCCGAGCGGUUGUUUAACUCCUUGUUUACAGUUUGAUUCGGGACGGCCAGGAUCAGCCCUGGCUCCCCGCGGUCUGCCCUGUUUCUCCAUUCCAUUCACUUUUCGCUGGCUGCCGAAGAUCGAGUUCGCCAGGAUGCGUGUCGACCGGGGCUUCCUCAACGUCAUGAUCCUCAGUUGGGGCUUCAUGCUCGUUUUCACGGCCUUUCAGACUAUGGGUAACAUUCAGAAAACUGUCUUGGAGAGCAUAUCGAAAGAUGAUCCUAACUUCCACGGGGACGGCUACACGAGUCUGGCCAUAAUUUACGCGACGUUCGCCCUUUGCAAUUGGCUGGCUCCGUCGUUCAUCUCGAUGACCGGCCCUCGCACCAGCAUCAUGGUCGGCUGUUCCUGCUACGUAAUCUUCAUAGCGACGUUCCUUUGGCCGCGUACGGAAGUCCUGUACAUAGCCUCGGCAGUGGUCGGGAUAGGGGCGGCCCUCUCAUGGACCGGUCACGGCCUCUUCCUCACGAUAAACAGCGACACCGAGACGAUGUCUCGGAACUCGGGAUUGUUUUGGGCCAUCUUCCAGUCCUCCCUCUUCAUCGGCAACAUCUUCGUCUACCUCGUGUUCAAGGAGCCGGAGAUUAAGGAGGACGUGCGGCAGCUGGUGUUCCAGGUAUUGACGGGUGUAUCGGUGGUAGGACUUGUGCUCCUCCUAACGAUGAGGAAGCCACCACAGCUGGCGAGCCUCGGACCCGCGGAGGGUGUCUCCAGUGCCGACAAGGAGCUACAUAUUCCGGAGAUGCCGAGGGAGCGGCCCCUAAUCGCAGCCUGGCACGCGCUCUGCGACGCGUUCCGGCUCUUCAUCACCGGCCGUAUGCUCGUACUCGCCCUGACCUUCGUCUACACGGGGCUCUCGCUCACCUUCUUUUCCUCCGUCUACUCGUCAAGCAUCGGCUUCACCAAGGCCAUGGGCGAGGAUCGCAAGAGCUUGAUCGGUCUGUCGGGCAUUUGCAUCGGUGUCGGCGAGGUCGUCGGCGGUGCCUUCUUCGGGGCCCUCGCCUCCAAGUGUGGCAACUGCUCGGGCUGGCCCGUCGUCAUCACUGGCUUUGUCAUGCACACCUUCGCCUACAUCGCAGCCCUGCUCAAUCUACCCAACAACGCACCCUUUAACGAUACGGACAGCUUGGGCUUUAUCGAUGCAUCCCCCACCCUGGCGAUGGCGGGUAGCCUCGCUCUCGGUCUCGGCGAUGCCUGCUUCAAUACUCAGGUGUACGCCCUCCUCGGGACGAUUUAUGCCAACGACAGCGCUUCAGCCUUUGCGCUAUUUAAAUUCUGCCAGUCAGUCGCCACGGCCGUGAGCUUCUUUUACAGCAGCCACAUCGGCCUCUACGAGCAGCUGGCAAUCCUCGCGCUCUCCUUGAUCCUCGGGACCGCGAGCUUCUGCAUUGUCGAAGUAAAGCAUCGCCGUACUAAGCGGCUCAACGAUGGCUCCUGCCCCGAGAUCAACAUCACCACUGACAUCGGGACCUUUAGCGAUUAGGCCUAGUCCGCAGAUCCUCGUGAAAUUGCAGUCGACCCUCGGCCGUUUUCGAGAUUAUGGCCGAUAAUCCGUGUCGGUGGGACAUAAAUAAUACAAAUAAUUGUUGCCAAGCUCUCGCGAAACACUCGAUACUUUUUGAGAUUAUCUCCCUACAUCUUCGAUAGCUCCUUUAUUUUUCUUAUUCGUGCAUUUUUUAAGAUUUGAUUAUUACUUAGCACGAAAAAUAGAGCCUAGAGCCAGAGUCUACUGAUUACUCUCUUUGUUAUAUAAUUUCGAAAUGAUCUAUAAGUGUAUAAUAAUAGCGUGCAAUGUGAAUGUUAGCACGGGUGAUUGUUUUAGAGAGAUAUCGAUUAUUUAGUUUUAUAAUAAAACAGAACUCUAUUUUGUACAUAACUGAAUUUACGUGGAUUUUUUCUCUUAGCUAAUAUGAUAUUAAUAUUUGAAAGAUUACUUAUUUGGCAAUGAUAAAUAUUAAUGCGGUAUUAAGCUGACCAGUUUACGACAAUGAUUGUAUACACGAUAAAGUAUCGCUUAAUCAAAUUGUCUUUCUCGUACAUCAUGAGCCCUGUACAUAGAAUCACACAGAUAGUGAAAUAUCUUGAAUUGGGCGUGUAAAUGGUACGAGUGUCAAUAACGAUUUUGCUCGAUUA